ACUAUAAAAUUUUGUAUCCAUAGUCCAUAGUCCAACCAUAGUCAUUUGGGUAUUAAGUUCGGCUAAUAAUAAUAAAAACACAGUUUUAAUAAAAAUCAAAUAUUUUUAUGUUGUAGAUAGAUACAUUUAAUAAAUAGGGCUCAUCGAUGAUUAGGAUAAAUCAUUAGAGCGAUCAUCUUUAAUAGUAUUUUGCCGGUUGCGAAAGUCAAAUGUGUUUACGUGUUAAAUCAUCACCUGAAUUGUUGUGGAAUAGGACAGGUGUCAACAUCACAAGAAAGAAAUUAAACGGUCGCAAGUUGCGAAUCGUCGCAAUCUAUUAGAGGCCUUAGAGAGAGUGGAAUGUACAUAUCUUUUCUGUUUUACGUAAUUUUUGAGUUGGUAUUUAUAUCUUUGUUUUUCUAUUUUGUUCCCUAAUACCUAUAAUAUUGAGUAAUUUAUCACUUUUAACUUAAAAUUAUAUUGUCUUUGUAAAAGAACAGGUGCCACUAAAUACAAAAAGAAAGAAGAGAAAAAGAAUCAUUUUGUGAUCACAGAAAAUAGUUUUAUUUGAUUUCUUCUGAGAAACUCGAUAUAAUUAGUGUUCUUAUUGCGAGCGACUGUUAUUUAAAAAAAGAAAUGUCGGAUAUUAAAAAACGAUAUAAAAAUCCGCCAUCCACUUUCGGUAAUGCGAGAAAAAUUAAAGUUAACAUUGCUCAUGAACAACAAGAAAGACGCAAGAAACGCAGAACGCAAGAGUUUGAAGAAAAUCGGAAGGAAAACAUUCCGCGCAGCGUGUCACAGAAUGAUAAAAUAAAAUUUUCAAAUUGGAAAGCGGAGCAAGAGAAAAAGAAAAAAACGAAACCACAGAAAAAACCCCCCUUUAUAGUCGGAAUUGUUCGUCAUUCUUUUUAUUCCCCGAUAUCUAACACUGCAUUUGAACCUACGAAAAAGAAAAAAUCAAUUGGACAAGAGCAAAAAAAUUCCAAUAUUAAAAAAAGAAUUACAAAAGCUACGGAAAAACGAUUGUUAGCUAAAGCAACAUCUGCGACAAAAGAAACAUGUGCGACUUCGUCCGGAGAAAAAAUAAGGACCGAUAAAGUCAAGUCUGAUGUCAAAAAACGGAAAUCAUUUGCUCCAUCUAAUCAUAAAUUUAAUCCUCCCGCUGGGUUACCUAAGAUAACUUUAUCUCAAGAAAUGUUAAUAGAAGAUAAUUCGUCAAAUAAAAAUGAUAUUUUUGCAUGUGAUAAAUCAGCGGAAAAUAUUACUACCAUUAUUAAAAAAUCAAUUAAUUGUGAUUCUGAUUCCAUAGAGGCAAUCACAUUGAAAGUGUCGAUAGGCGAACAAGAAAUUUUAAAUAUUUCUCCGAUAAGGCAAAUAAAUUCAAUGGAAAGAUCAACGUUGAACAACAGCAAUACGGAAAUUCCAUUUGAACCAUUAAGCACGUCCAAUAAACUUGCAAUAAAAGAUAUUGUUAUGGAUAAUUCUGAUAUGAUAAAGGGAGAAGAAGAAUAUACUGUCAAAUAUUUUGAGCAUAUGUUAAAUAACGAAAAAGAUAGACUUCAGAAACUUUGCAAAAAAUGGUCUGAAAUUCAAUCGCGACAUGAUACUGCAGAGGAUGUUCGAUAUCGAAUUAAUCAAGCAGUUGGACAAACAGUUAUGUUAAUUAAGGAGAAGUUUAAACAGUUUCACGGUUUAAUACAAGAUUGCAUUAGUAAAAACAAUGAUAUAUUGAUAACUUGUACAGAUUUGCACGGAUUUUGGGAUAUGAUGUAUAUAGAAGUGAAAGAUUGUGAUUUGCGAUUUGCAAAAUUGGAAGAACUUCAGGCUAAAAAUUGGCAAGAAGAUCAGUCAUUUUUUGCAAAGCCCACUAAAUCUAAGAAAAAAAUAAUUGUUGAAAAGAAAGUUACCGAUAAAGCAGUAAAACAAAGCUCAAGAAAAUUAAUUUCUAAUAAGAAGAAAACGAAAAAGAAAACGAAAGAGAUAAUAGAAAUUCAAGAUAAUAAGAUAGAUUCACAAUGUACAAUAAAUAUGAAUGACAAAUAUAUUACACCUUGCAAAAAUAAUGAAAAAAUUAUAAACGUUCAUAAAGAUAACUAUAAUAAUAAUAAUAAUAAUAAUAAUAAUAAUAAUAAUAAUAAUAAUAUUCUUGAGGUAUCUAUGAAUUAUAUAUAUACAUCGACACCAUUUCCCGACACUACGUCAAACUUGUCGAAUCGGAUGAGCACUCCACUUAUAACAAUGAAAGUAAGUCAGUUGUAUAACAAAUUUACACAAUCAAAUGACAUGACACUCUAUACGACUCCUGAAUUUACAAAUAGUCAAAUAGAAAAAUCAGAAAAAAGAAGAAGAAAAUUAGAAUUCCAAGCUAAUUCAAAUGAUUAUCUUCCUUUGAUAAAAUCUGUCGAGAAAUUGGAGAUUGAUAAAAAUUUAUCAGUUUCGAAGGAAAUAAACAAUUUUAAAUGUGAUAACUUAAAUUCAAACGACAUUUGCAUUAUACAACAAUCGAAUUCUACAGCUGAUGAUUUCAGUGGUGAAACAGUGAUUGAACAAACAAGAAGAAAAGACGAUGUUACUCUUAAAUCUACAUUUAAUACCGGUUCGAUCAAAACUCCGGUUGAAUCAAAAAGCAAAACUGCUAUUAAAGGAUCUUCAUCAAGUGAGAUCUGUAAAACAAGAUCACUCAGUAUGCUUAGUACCGGUUCGAUCAAAACUCCAAUUCAAGUAAAGAGCAAAAGUUCUAUUAAAGAAUUUUUAUCAAGUAAGAUCUGUAAAACAAAGUCACUCAGUACAAAGUCACUUAGUAUCGGUUCGAUCAAAACUCCAGUCCAAGCAAAAAACAAACAUUUUAUUAAAGCAUCUUUAUCAAGUAAAGUCUCUAAAACAGAAGGAAUUUUGAAGAAAUUGAAUUGCAAAUAAAAUUGUAAAAGUUUUUGCAGCUGUCCAUCUAUGACAUCUCCAAAUAAAAAGAUAUCCAUUUUCAUGAAAUCAAUAAUGAGUAAAUACAAAGAGAUAAAUACAGGCGCGUGAAAAUGUUGAUAAAGAAAUAUGUGUAUAAUUCCAAAAGUUUUAUUUAAUGAUAAAUAUUUUAAUCUUGAUAUGUUAUCAUAUUAUUACUUAUAUAUCAUACUAUAGAUGUAAAUGGUUGUGCAUACUAUACAUAUUUAAAUUAACAUAUUAAUCCUAAAAGCUAUUUGCAUUUUAGUAUAAAACAUUCGUAAGAUUUUAUUUAAAACAAUUGAUACUGUUAAGAUUGUAAUGUUAAGACUGUAUUCAUAUAUAUGUGAUAAUUAUAUUGUAGAAUAUUAUCAAAAA